AUGACUGCGUUUGAGUUGCAUCUCUACCGAGGACUUGAACCAACGGAACCCAACUUCAUCAUGGGCCAUGAAUUCACAGGAACUGUUGUUGAGCUGGGCUCUGCUGUGAAAUCUGUGGAGAUCGGCGACAAGAUUGUCUCGCCUUUCACUGCUUCAUGUGGCCUGUGCUAUUACUGCGAAAACGGUGGAUCAGCUAGAUGCGUCAACAGCCAACCUCUCGGCUCCCCAAACCUUGACGGUGCCCAGGCCGAGUAUGUCCGGGUUCCCUUUGCCGAUGGUACUGUCGCGAAAGCUUCUGCAGACAUACAUGACCAAGCGUUGAUUCUCAUGGCCGAUAUUUUCCCAACUGGUUACUUUGGCGUCAAGAGCGGCGUUGAGAUGAUGCCGAACCUUGAUGUACAUGACUCGACGAUUGUGGUAAUAGGAUGCGGCCCUGUCGGGUUGUGUGCUGUUGUUGCUGCUGCUGCUCUGAAACCCAAGCACUUGUUUGCUGUGGACAGUGUCUCAUCAAGACUUGAUCAAGCAGCAAAGCUGGGAGCCGAGCCUCUGAACUUUAUGAGUGAUAAGACCGGGAUGCACGAUCGCAUCAAGGCGGCUACCAAUGGUCGAGGUGCCGACAUCGUGGUAGAAGUCGUUGGUCUUUCACCAGCACUCCGCACUGCGUUCGAUUUGGUCCGCCCCUUCGGUGCCAUCAGCAGUAUUGGUGUUCACAAUGCUGAGAUUCCUUGGUCUGGAAAUGAUGCCUAUAAAUGGGGCGAUGCCCAGUGA